AUGGCUAUGGUGUGUCUUUCCGACUUCGAAGCUUAUGCUAAGAAGUAUUUACCCAAGAUUGCUUGGGAUUAUUUUGCAGCUGGGGCAGACGAGUGUACCACACGUGAUGAAAACAUCCUGGCAUAUAAAAGAAUUCGUUUCCGGCCACGUAUGCUGUGGGACGUAUCCGUGAUGGACAUUAAGACUAAAAUCCUGGGUUCCGAAAUCAGCUUUCCUGUAGGAAUUGCCCCUACAGGCUUCCACCAGCUAGCAUGGCCUGAUGGAGAGAAAAGCACAGCCAGAGCGGCCAGAGCAAUGAACACCUGCUACAUUGCCAGCACCUACUCCACCUGCACGCUGGAGGAGAUCUGUGUGGCUGCGCCCGGUGGCCUCCGCUGGUUCCAACUCUACAUCCACCGCAACAGAGCAGCUUCCCAGCAGCUGGUCCAACGGGCGGAGGCCUUGGGCUUCCAGGGCCUAGUCCUCACCGCAGAUCUGCCCUACACAGGCAAGAGACGCGACGACGUCCGCAAUGGUUUCUGCCUUCCUCCCCACAUGAAAGUGAAGAACUUGGAACAAGCCUUUGAGGGAGAUGACUGGUCGGAGUACGGACUGCCACCCAACAGCUUGGAUCCUUCAGUUACCUGGAAUGACGUCUACUGGCUGCGGAGCCUGACACGCCUGCCCAUCAUCAUCAAAGGCAUCUUGACAAGAGAAGAUGCAGAGCUCGCAGUGAGACAUGGAGUUCUGGGAAUUAUAGUGUCCAAUCAUGGUGGAAGGCAACUGGAUGAAGGACCUGCCACUAUUGAUGCUCUGGUUGAAGUUGUGGAGGCAGUACGAGGCAGAGUCGAAGUUUACGUAGAUGGUGGAAUACGAAAAGGAAGCGAUGUGUUAAAAGCACUGGCACUGGGAGCAAAAUGUGUCUUUAUUGGAAGACCAGCUUUAUGGGGCCUGGCUUACAAGGGUGAAGAAGGUCUUCAGGAUGUCCUGAGAAUUCUGCAGGAUGAGUUUCGCUUGUCUAUGGCCUUAGCUGGCUGUGCCAGCAUCUCAGAGAUUGGCCAACACCUGGUUCAGUUCUCAAAGCUGUGA